AUGAAGGCCUUCCAGACUGCCGUUGCGGCUGCCGCCAUUUUUGGCACCACUGCCUAUGCAAUUGACAUUAAGAUCAAUGACCAGGAAUCUAUCAAACAUGCCGCUGCAUCCGCCGCCUUCAACACCAUGGGCAACUACACCGGCAACGAGACUGGCCAGAUCCCCGGAGCCUUCCCAACGAAGUGGUGGGAAGGUGCCGCCCUCUUUGAGUCCAUGAUCACGUACUGGCACUACACCAAGGACGCAUCGAACAAUGCCGCCGUGAGGCAGGGUAUGAACUGGCAGCGAGGCGACAACAAUGACUUCAUGCCUGCCAACUACAGUGCUUAUAUCGGCAACGACGACCAGCUCGCUUGGGGCUCUGCGGCCUUGACUGCGGCCGAGCUGAACUUCCUCCAGGACAAAGGAGUGCCGACAUGGCUGGAGAUGGCGGAGAACGUCUUCAACGAUGAGAUCAAGCGAUGGGAUCCCCGCACAUGUGGUGGUGGACUACGCUGGCAGAUCUUCCCUUACCAGGCUGGAUACGCCCAGAAGAACGCGGCCACCAACGGCAAACUGUUCCAGCUGGCUGCCCGCCUGGCGCACUUCACUGGGAACGAGACGUAUGUGGAUGUGGCCAACCAGGCGUGGGACUGGAGUAUCAAGUCUCAUUUGUUGAACACGGAGACCUGGUCUGUUGUAGACACCAUCAACUCCGGCAAGAACUGCUCUCUCUCCGGUGAUGUCUGGUCUCGCAACUACGGGCCAUACAUGAGCGGUGCCGCGGUCAUGUACAACGUUACCAACGGAGAUCAAAAGUGGAAGACAGGCCUAGUCGGCCUCGUCAACUCUACCAUAAGCACUUUCUUCCCCUCCAAGUACGGCGGCAACAUCCUUUCCGAGGUCAACUGCGAAGCGAAGAACAACUGCGACUCCAACCAGAAGGCCCUCAAGGGAAUGUUGGCUCUCGACCUGGCUGCUACUGUCAGAGCAGCCCCCUUGACCGUCUUCCGGAUUUGGCCCAAGCUGCAGGGCUCGGCUGUCGCGGCUGCGAAGCAAUGCACCGGUGGCAACACCCACACCGUCUGCGGAGGGCGCUGGUACGAGCCCAAGUGGGACGGCAGUGAUGCCUUUGAGGACCAGCUGGCGGCCACCAACAUCUUCGUGGCGAACCUGGCGGUCCCCAAGCCGGGUUCUGGUCGUCACUGA